AUGCAGGUAAAGAUCGGAUUCUCGAUGUUUUUUUUAUCCACCUGCUGCGCUGUUUCUAACCCUAGGGGGUUGUGGACGUGCCCUCGAAGCUGUGUCGUCUGACUUGCCGUUAAUCUGUGAUGCUGUUCUUAUCCGUUUAAAUCUUAGGCCAGCGACAGGUUCAACAUCAACUCGCAGCUCGAGCAUCUCCAAGCCAAGUAUGUCGGCACGGGUCAUGCUGAUCUGAACAGAUUGUAAGUGUUUUCUUUUCUGCCCUCACCACCGACAACCGCUGUCGAGAAUCCUUGCAAAGUUCUUGAAAACGAAGUAUAGUCGCGCUUCAGUUUUUUUUUCCUCCUCUUUGGAUGAUGUGCAGCGAGUGGGCGGUGAACAUUCAGCGUGACAGCUACGCUUCGUACAUUGGCCAUUACCCUAUUUUGGGUUACUUCGCUCUGGCGGAGAAUGAGUCCAUUGGGAGGGAGCGCUACAAUUUUAUGCAGGUAAAUUAUCCUCUUUCGCCGCAUUCUGAGUCCGGAAAGUUGCCAGUACACCACAAAUCAUCACCAAAAAUAUAGUGACCCAUCCUUCAUGAGUUUCUGUUCUUUGCCGUGUGCUUCCCCAUUUUGGUUAUCCACCAUCUUAUUAAGACAAACGGUGGGUACAAUCUGAUGAACCACUGUGAAAUAGGGUAUAUGCUUGCACUGUUCAGUUUCUCUAUUUUUUCUCAUCAUUCGCUUUAUGAUUAACUUUUACGUGAGGUUUUAUUAUAGAAGGUACAUGGAUUCUUCUAAGUUAACGGAUUUACUGGUAAGUUUACCGCCUACUCUAAGAAAUCUCCCGUUCAGGAGCAAUAAUCCAUAUGAAGACUAGGCUACAAAACCCAAGGUUUCCCAAAGUGGUAGAACCUCUCCCAUCCUCUUUUAAAUGGUAGUUGUAUCCCUUCUUCCCUUUACCCUUGUUAGAACAGAAUAGGGAUUCUACUGAACAAACUCAGGUAAGCAGCUUUUCCGCUUAUUCCAAUGGCCCCAACGAUCCCAGUCAUUGUUUUUGGUCCCCUUGGAGAACAUGAUGCCGUUCCCAUCGCCCCUUUGACUCAUGUUCUGUUGGAGGGUUUAAACUGAUUCAUGUUAUGUAGAGUAGCUUCUAUCAGAUACGCUGUGAGAAAGAGAACACUUGGAACAUGUGAUUCGUGUCUCUUCCUCUCCCUGCAUAUAUUAUUAAAGCUCUUCCUGCCAUCCAGGUAAUGAAGUAGCCAAUCACAAGUAGGAUGACCUCAAUGGGGAUUUGUUUUACCGCAAGAUCCUAUUUCUUCGUGGAGGCAUCAAUCCACAGGUUCAGGGUGCCAUUUGGGUGCCUGAUUCGUCCAGUUAUAUUGGGAUGGAGUUCAAUCAAACUGUGAACUUGUUUUUUUCCUCAUACUUUGAGAUUCAUCAUUCCAACUCUGCAAUGUGCAGCGGAAAUUCUGAAAGUGUGGUGGGAAGUUCUUCAAACUGUCCAGCUUCUUCAUGUUGUAAAUUCCAUCAUGGGCACCAUAACCUCCCCACUAUCAUGCAAGGUCUUCUGCAUCCUUAAAUAUCAAUUGGAUUGUUCAACAUGGAGGUCCGACACAAUCUAUCCUUUCAAACUUAAGUCCUCUGACCAUCUGAAAGACAAGCCUGAAUGCCUGUUGGACUAUAUAUUAUUUAGACAUCUUGUGUGUUAGUUAGUUAGACUGUCAAAAGACUCUUUUAAUUGGGGCUUCGCAGAGCUUUAAUGGUAGUUGUUUAUGGUCACAACUUUUAUACAUUCUCAGACCAUUCUUAGGGAAAAAUAUUCUGAUAAUUUCUAGAAAAAAAUAAUUACAUCCGACAAUAAGAAAUUGGUAGUUGGUCAUAGUAAUUUUUCAUUUCUUUUAAUCAUGCGAGGACUUUUGCUUAUUUAUUUUCCCCUUAAUGUUUGUGUCUUAACAUUCAUCAUUUUCUGGAGCAAUGAAAGCUAUUCAAUCUCUCAUGGGAUUGAAGUUUUGCUUGUGCCUUGCAUCGAUGAAAACACCUACAUCUGGUGAUUUAAUCAAUUAGUUUUCUAUUUUCUCCCUCAACAAUGAAGAAAUGAAGCCUCUGUUGAUCAGCAGUGGACGAUCCACAAUGCCAAACCUAGUUGCGCUGAACACAAUUUGCCGUUUAGUGCAUUAUCCAAUAAUCAUAAAAUUACUCAAGUGAUGCAAUUCCGAGGAACAGGUGGCAAAUGUUUGCCGCCUCCCACUAUAUAUAAACAAUGGUCAGAUUCUUCUUGUUCAUAUGAGAUAUUUGAAGAAGGGUAAAAAUUUCUUGCAACUCACUCGCAGCUGGAUCACUCCCACAGCCUCUGUCUCUAAGGCGUCUGUUCCAUUUUUGUUUGCAUGAGCGCAGCGACAAAGUGUUCAUGAUAUUUACUCCUCUCUAUCAUCUAAGUCUUUUAUUUUUAUAUACCCUCUCCAGAAAAUGCUGCUGCCGUGCGGUCUCCCUCCAGAGAGGGAAGAGGAUUGA